AUGGCACGGAUGGCAAACAGAUCUCGGGCUGGUGGGCCGUGCUCACCCCGCAUUCUGUCGGCUGGAAAUCGGAGGGGCAAGGGCCUUAGUGACGGUCAGAACCGAGGGAACGGUGGAUGUCAGAUUCCAGAUCCAGGACACUAUGUUCUCGGAUUAGGUCGGUCUUUUUCUGGGAUGGGAGACUCACUAGAAGAAGAGACUGUUCAUUGUGAUGUCAAUGAGGAUAUUCAAAUCUCCAGCAAUGAAGUAGCCGAGCUUAUUUCUAGCAUUCAAGAAGCCCAAUAUUACGACGCAGGUAGCAUGGCGCCACUUACAGCUAGAUCUUUGGCCGCGAUUGCGAGACUCAGAGCAUACAAACCACCUCCAUUCCCCAUAUGGGAUCGUUUACCACUCAGCCGCCGCGCCGCCGUUCUGAUUCUUCUUUUUUCGGAUAGGCGCGGUGAUCUACGGGUGGUAAUAACCAUGAGAUCUACUUCUCUGAGAAAUUUCUCUGGACAUGCGGCUUUCCCUGGAGGCAAGGCCGACAUGAUCACCGAAACCCCCUGGGAAACUGCGAGGCGUGAGGCAUUCGAAGAAAUUGGCCUUCCGCUCUCUUCUUCCUCCCUGCCAAAACCGUUCCGUCUAGAACAUCUCUGCGAGCUUCCGCAUUCCCUAGCUAUGACUGGUCUGGCUGUAAGACCAUGCGUAGCCAUUCUCCAUGCCGACCAAGCCGACGGCAACUCAGAUGCAAGUGUGGAAGAAAACAUGAUACCCCGUUUAGAUGCGAAAGAGGUAGCUGCUGUAUUUUCUGCGCCUCUCCACAACUUUUUAGCCCCGAGUGAUGAGACGCCGGAAGGAGAGAAGGCUGCGGGAAAGUGGUAUGAAGGUAAAUGGAUUGAGUGGCAUGAGGGCCCCUGGAGAAUGCACACUUUUCAAGUUCCAAUCACAAACCAGAAAGUCUCCAAACCUAAGGUCAGAGACGCCGGUCAAUCGAGUAUGGCGGAAGAAGAUGAGGGCCCCGAACUAGAAAGAUACAAAGUGUGGGGAAUGACAGCUCGAAUGCUUGUAGAUGCUGCCAGGGUCGCAUAUGGCGAGGACCCUCAGUUUGAGCACGAUCUUCAUAUUGGAGAUGAGAAUAUGAUCAAAAACCUCUUUGCAAUGGGCAAAUUAGUCAAAAAAGCCCCAGGUGAGGUAGGGCUCGCAGAAGCAGAUCUUAGAAAGUCUCGACUACCGGCUCCGAACUCAGAGUCAGAUUCAAAGAUUUAG